AUGAAAGCGGUCAUCGCAGUCGCGAGCUGGUUAUUUGCUGCAACAGCCACGGCGACCAAUGGCGUGGUCCAAUGGGAUAUUUCAAAGAGGCACAUUCUCAACAAGUUGGUGAGGAGGGCCGGAGCAACACUUGAGGAAGUUAUCAAGAAUGAGCAGACCAGGGGUGGCUAUUUCGCGACUGUGAAAGUAGGAACACCAAGCCAGGAACUCACGCUGCAGCUGGACACUGGCAGCAGCGAUGUCUGGGUUCCGUCAAAGUCGGCCAACGUUUGCGCCAAAAGGACCUCGCCAACCAGCUCCAAUUCUGACGGAUGUAAUUUUGGCACGUUCAACGCCGCAAACUCCUCAACUUUUGCCGUUGUUGGACAGGAUGCCUUUAGCAUUGCCUAUGUUGAUGGCAGCCGUUCUAGCGGCGACUAUUUUACAGACGUCUUUGAGAUUGCUGGUGCUAAACUGAACAACUUGACCAUGGGCCUGGGGAGGAAAACAGAUAUCCCUUAUGGCCUCAUAGGUGUGGGAUACGCCCUGAACGAGGCCAUCGUCGCCGGCACACGAUCUGCGUCGAGCGCCUAUCCGAACCUGCCAGUCGAAAUGGUCAAUGAAGGCUUGAUCAAGACAAACGCAUACAGUUUGUGGCUAAACGAUCUCGACUCGAGCAGUGGAAACGUCCUGUUUGGAGGGAUCGAUACCGCAAAGUACAAAGGCAACCUGACGCGGAUCAACAUCUACAAAGAUCCCCAGACAAAUGCCUUCACAUCGUUCCAGGUCGCUCUGACAUCAGUGACGGCCGAAAGCACUAGCGGGAACGAUGUUCUCUCUUCCCAGCAAUUCCCCAUGCCCGUCGUUCUCGACUCAGGUACAACUCUCUCGUAUCUACCCAUUGACCUCGCACGACAGAUCUGGCGCGAGGCUGGGGCUGUCUACUCUCCCGACAUCGGAAUGGCUGUGCUUCCGUGUCGGAUGGCGAACAGCAAAGGCCACUUCACCUUCCAGUUCGCCGGGCCUGGUGGGCCUAAAAUCAGUGUCGGGAUGGAUGAGCUGGUCUUGAGCAUUAAUGGCGGACCUGCACCAUCAUUCUCAUCCGGACCGUAUAGAGGGGAGGAUGCCUGCUCAUUCGGCAUACAAAACUUUAGCAGCGACCCCUUUCUGCUCGGAGAUACCUUUCUGCGCUCUGCGUAUGUGGUGUACGACCUAGUAAACAACGAGAUUGGUAUCGCGCCUACGGAUUUCAAUGCCACGGCAUCGAACAUUGUCGCCUUUGAGAGCCUCGGCGCAACGAUCCCCUUGGCCACCACUGCACCUAACCAAGCGCAAGUAACCGACACGCCAGCCUCUCUUACCACGCCUGGGUUUGCGGCAGCUUCGGGAUUUUCUGAGGGCACCGGUGGUCGCAAGAACGGUGCUCCUCUGACGAGAGCCUUGGACUGGAGCCAAGGAGUUCUUGUAGGGACCCUCAUCCUCUUUUCUUUGCUCUUUUGA